AUGCCUCGCAUCACGGUAUCACGCAUCCUCGGGCUGGUCCCUCUGACGUGGGUUUGUCUAGCGGGGACCUGGUUCUUCCUACCGUCGCCAGUCGUACGAGACAUUUACCACGAUGGCUACAUUGAGCAGCGUCUGAGGACGGGGAGCACGGUGACGACCGUAGUCGAACGCUCGAGAUUUGGCAGCAACGUCCAACAGCAAUGCAGUGGCGAAUGCAGUGGUCUCAUCUUCGAUUGGCGCCUCGAGGGACACGGGCCAUCGGACAGCUUGAUGCUGAGCGUUGGCAAGGCUCGCGUCAACCUGACAGAGGCAGUGCUCAAAGGACCUUCGGAUUCGAAACCAGAGGAUCAGCGAACAACUGCAUACCUCAGUCCCUCCUUCCGCGCGGGCAUUGGGGCCGGUGGGACGGAUCACGAAACGAUUCUGCCUUGGUUCACCUGGAGCGACAAGGUCCUCAUCCAUGCUCUGAUGCACGGCUACAACGAGAACGUCCAACUGAGGAUAUUCAGUCCCGAGCCCGGCCUGGUCGAGAUCUGGAAAGACAUCACCAUGUGGGCGUCCUACAAGCCCGGCGAUGCAGUGAGAGAGACGGAACGCGAGGUCGGAUUGCUGGCCAGCUUUUCACAUAUCCCCACGAGCCAAUUCGCCGGCGCCGGCGCCCUCCGAGCGAAUCCCGCUAAUGUCAAGAUCUCCAACGUGCGAGGUGUGUUGCCAUCCAAGACGUGGCCGCUGAGGGAGAUCAUCGCUGGCCCGCUGUACGUGCCUACCUUCAUGCUCUCAGUCAUCAUCUGGGGCUCCACACUCGAAACUGUGCCCUUUACGGUCAUCCUAUUUGUCCAGAUGCUGGCAAUCCUUCUGCUGUUCGUCGGUUUCCAGCGCAUCAACCUGGCGUGGCUCUUCCGGGGCAGAGGAAAGAGAAGACCAAAGAACCGUGGCAUAUGGGGUGCAGCAGGACCUAUCACCACGGAUGAAGAGAGCGGUCUCUUGGGCACCCGCCCCAAAAAGGCGAUGGUCAUGCCCCCAAGUGCGAUAUCUAGGCCGAGCAAAUCGCGUGCUCCUUUGUUCGACAAGGCCUAA